AUGUCAUCCUCCGCCUCUGCUCGGACUCCGGCAGGGAAGCGAGUGGUGAAUCAGGACGAACUGCGACGGUUGAUGAAGGAGAAGCAGCGUCAGAGCACUAACCGGAAACGGAUAGAAUCUCCAUUCGCCAAGUACAACCGUUUGGGGCAGCUGAGUUGUGCCUUGUGUAACUCGCCGGUUAAGAGCGAGCUCCUGUGGCAGACUCAUGUCCUGGGAAAGCAGCACCGAGAGAAAGUGGCCAAGCUGAAAGGCGCGAAGGAAGGCAUCCAGGGUCCGUCCGUCAGUGUGGCGCCUCAGUCCGCCAAGCGGAAGGCACCGGAUGCAGACGGCCGAGAUGCGAAGAGAGCGAGGGCCCCCUCGGUGCCUCAGGUACUGCCUUCCACAUCCGCUUUGUCCACCAACUGUGACAAAACAGGAAAGGAGUCCACUAGAGCGACUGCCAAUAAGCCUUCGGGACUCGGUUUACUCCCUGAUUAUGAAGACGACGACGACGAGGAGGAGGAGGAGGGUGGAGAAAGAAAAGCGGAAGACGCCAACGAGCCGCGCGACGCAGAGAGCAAGGACCACUCACUUUCCUCCUCGCGGGCGGCAGCAAAUAGUGUGCUGCCAGACCAUUGCUUUAAUAUAAAAAUACGAGACACAAUUAUUUCCCCCACUUCCCUUUCCAGCGAGCAACAAGACGACAUGGCCCCUGAUAUACGGGCAGCCAGCGGGCUCCCUGGGCUGGGCAAGGAUGCAUCUGAGAGCUGCCGCCCCUAA